AUGGAGAACAACAACUCAACACAGCUGAUGAAGAACAACAACUCAACACAGCUGAUGAAGAACAACAACUCAACACAGCUGAUGAAGAACAACAACUCAACACAGCUGAUGAAGAACAACAACUCAACACAGCUGAUGGACAACAACAACUCAACACAGCUGAUGGAGAACAACAACUCAACACAGCUGAUGAAGAACAACAACUCAACACAGCUGAUGAAGAACAACAACUCAACACAGCUGAUGGAGACCAACAACUCAACACAGCUGAUGAAGAACAACAACUCAACACAGCUGAUGAAGAACAACAACUCAACACAGCUGAUGGAGACCAACAACUCAACACAGCUGAUGAAGAACAACAACUCAACACAGCUGAUGGAGACCAACAACUCAACACAGCUGAUGAAGAACAACAACUCAACACAGCUGAUGGAGACCAACAACUCAACACAGCUGAUGAAGAACAACAAGUCAACACAGCUGAUGAAGAACAACAACUCAACACAGCUGAUGGAGAACAACAACUUCACACAGCUGAUGGAGAACAACAAGUCAACACAGCUGAUGAAGAACAACAACUCAACACAGCUGAUGGAGAACAACAACUCAACACAGCUGAUGGAGAACAACAACUCAACACAGCUGAUGAAGAACAACAACUCAACACAGCUGAUGAAGAACAACAACUCAACACAGCUGAUGAAGAACAACAAGUCAACACAGCUGAUGAAGAACAACAACUCAACACAGCUGAUGAAGAACAACAACUCAACACAGCUGAUGAAGAACAACAAGUCAACACAGCUGAUGAAGAACAACAACUCAACACAGCUGAUGGAGAACAACAACUCAACACAGCUGAUGAAGAACAACAAGUCAACACAGCUGAUGAAGAACAACAACUCAACACAGCUGAUGAAGAACAACAACUCAACACAGCUGAUGAAGAACAACAAGUCAACACAGCUGAUGAAGAACAACAACUCAACACAGCUGAUGGAGAACAACAACUCAACACAGCUGAUGAAGAACAACAACUCAACACAGCUGAUGAAGAACAACAAGUCAACACAGCUGAUGAAGAACAACAACUCAACACAGCUGAUGAAGAACAACAACUCAACACAGCUGAUGAAGAACAACAACUCAACACAGCUGAUGAAGAACAACAAGUCAACACAGCUGAUGAAGAACAACAACUCAACACAGCUGAUGAAGAACAACAACUCAACACAGCUGAUGAAGAACAACAAGUCAACACAGCUGAUGAAGAACAACAACUCAACACAGCUGAUGAAGAACAACAAGUCAACACAGCUGAUGAAGAACAACAACUCAACACAGCUGAUGAAGAACAACAACUCAACACAGCUGAUGAAGAACAACAACUCAACACAGCUGAUGAAGAACAACAACUUAACACAGCUGAUGAAGAACAACAACUCAACACAGCUGAUGAAGAACAACAAGUCAACACAGCUGAUGAAGAACAACAACUCAACACAGCUGAUGAAGAACAACAACUCAACACAGCUGAUGAAGAACAACAAGUCAACACAGCUGAUGAAGAACAACAACUCAACACAGCUGAUGAAGAACAACAACUCAACACAGCUGAUGAAGAACAACAACUUAACACAGCUGAUGAAGAACAACAACUCAACACAGCUGAUCUGGAACAAGGCUACUCACGCUACAGAAACAGGAAAUAGUUAUCAUGCCCUAGGACCAUUCUAUCUGGAACAAGGCUACUCACGCUACAGAAACAGGAAAUAG